AUGCCGGUUUUCCACACCAAGACGAUAGAAAGUAUCCUGGAGCCCGUAGCCCAGCAGAUCUCCCAUCUGGUUAUCAUGCACGAAGAGGGCGAAGUGGAUGGCAAAGCUAUCCCGGAUUUGACUGCUCCUGUCGCCGCUGUCCAAGCCGCCGUGAGCAACCUGGUCCGGGUGGGAAAGGAGACGGUACAAACCACAGAUGACCAGAUCAUGAAACGGGACAUGCCGCCUGCUUUUAUCAAAGUGGAGAAUGCGUGCACGAAGCUGGUCCAGGCGGCAUCCAUGCUCAAAGCCGACCCUUACUCGGUCCCCGCUCGUGAUUACCUCAUCGACGGCUCCAGGGGGAUCCUCUCCGGGACGUCCGACCUGCUGCUCACCUUUGACGAAGCAGAGGUUCGUAAAAUAAUCCGGGUUUGCAAAGGGAUCCUGGAGUACUUAACGGUGGCUGAAGUGGUGGAGUCCAUCCCAGACCUCAUCACGUACACAAAGAACCUAGGACCAGGGAUGACCAAGAUGGCGAAAAUGAUCGACGAGCGGCAGCAGGAGCUGACUCACCAGGAGCACAGAGUGAUGCUGAUAAACUCCAUGAACACAGUCAAAGAGCUGCUGCCCAUCCUCAUCUCAGGUCUGACACACUGCACUCAAUCAAGAAUCAAUUAG